GGAUAUACACCUAUCAAAACAGGAUAUCGACAGCUCUACAAAUUCUAUCUUUUACAGUGAUGCCGCCGUCUCUUCUCGUCGUCCCUGCCACCGCGCUCCCGGCGGCCCGCCUCGCCCGGGUGGUGGCUGCCGCCGGUAGAGACGGAGCAAGUACGCCGAGGCCGCCCCCGCGGCGGGGGCGGCGCGGCAAGCCCGGGUUCUCGCGGCAGUCGGCCAUCAAGAAGAGCUUCCACCAGGAGCAGGUGGUGUUCUCCACCCCCGUGCCCGCCGACCCCUCCGUCGCCGUCAUCGGCGGGGGUGCUUCCGGCCUCUCCUGCGCCUCCGCCCUCGCCGCCCGCGGCGUCCGCGCUGUGGUCUUCGACACUGGGAUGCAUGGCUUAGGGGGCAGGAUGGCGACCAGAGUUGUCGGCGACGACGGCGAGCUGCUGGUGUUCGACCACGCGGCACAGUUCUUCACCGCCAGUGACGAGAGGUUCCAGAAGCUUGUCCACCAGUGGCUCGACAGAGGGCUGGUCCGUGAGUGGAGAGGCUUGAUCGGCGAGCUCGAAGCCGGUGGCCUUUUCAGAACCAUACCUGCCUCAACGCCGAGAUACAUAGGCGUGAACGGGAUGCGUCCGCUUGCAGAUGCAAUGCUGCCUGAGAGUGACAUGAUUAAAGUUGUACGGCCUUGUUGGAUAAGCAAACUCGAGCCAUUCAAUGGCCUGUGGCGCUUAUUUGAGAAUGAAAAGCCUUGUGGUGAAUAUGAUGCAAUUGUAAUAGCUCAUAAUGGGAAAUGUGCCAACCGUCUGCUCUCUACAUCAGGUUUACCAUCACUAACGAAACAAAUGAAGAGACUAGAGCUCAGUUCUGUCUGGGCACUCCUUGCGGCAUUUGAAGACCCUCUUCCAAUACGACAUAAUGAUUCGUGUGGAGCAUUUGAAGGAGCGUUUGUGAGAGAUGUCGAUUCUCUCUCUUGGAUGGGCAACAAUACCCGCAAACUUUUUCCCAUGCAGACCGGCACACCUGAGUGCUGGACAUUUUUCAGCACUGCUGCUUAUGGAAGAAGAAACAAAGUCCCACAGGAAAAUAUCCCAAAGGUCACAGCAGAAAAAGUUAAGGAAGACAUGCUUGGAGGAGUAGAACAUGCUUUGGGAUUAUCGAAAGGAUCUCUUCAGCAACCAAUUUACACAAGAUUGCAGUUGUGGGGUGCAGCUCUACCCAUGAACACUCCAGGAGUACCAUGCAUAUUCGAUCCCCAUGGGCGAGCAGGCAUUUGCGGUGACUGGCUUACAGGUUCAAGCAUCGAAGCAGCGGUGUUAAGCGGCAUAUCUCUUGCAAACCAUAUAGCUGACUAUUUUGCAAGCCACGGUGAACGACCUGAGGAGUUUGCAAUUGGUUUGCACGAGAACUUAAGCCAAGUUGACGGGCAUGACAUCGGCCAGUUUCCCGGGUUAGACUAUAAGCAACAAGUAGCUGAAGCUCAGCUGACACCGAGUUUAUGAUGAACUUUGAUCUGAUAAUUUUGUCCUGAUCGUUGAUCUAGCUUGUAAAUGAUGAGCUGAUUUUUAUUCCCUCUUCUUAUUUAUUUUUCUUUCUCUUGUUCCACGGAACUCGUAAGUUGUAACCUGCAGAAUGUAUGUAGAAAUUUUGUUAGAAGCUGAUGUUAUUAUGCUA